GUGGGUUGGCGUUGAGCGGUGAACACCUCUGAGGAACUGGUCGAGGUCGGACUUAAAAGGAAAUCGAUAGAGAGAAAAAGAGUUAUUCGUUUCUACUCCUAUAUCUAGACGUCCUGCAACGGAAAACUUCGCUGGACUCUCGUAAGAUGCCGAGGAAGACUGGAGAGCUGGAGACUGAUGCCACGGAGAUCCGGAUUACAGUGAAUCGCGCAGACGAUGACAAGAGCAUCUGCCUGAACGACGAGGACCGCGGCGUCUGGGGCAAUAAGAUCGAAUUCAUCCUCUCAUGCCUCUCCUUCGCCGUCGGCCUCGGCAACAUCUGGAGGUUCCCGUACCUCUGCUACCGCAAUGGCGGGGGUGCUUUCCUGAUCCCCUACUUCUCCAUGCUUUGCAUCACGGGGCUGCCGCUCUUCUUCUUUGAGCUGAGCUUCGGCCAGUAUGGGCAGGAAGGUCCCAUCACUAUCUGGAAGGCGGUGCCGCUUUUCCAAGGCAUUGGCAUCGGCAUGUUCAUGAUCGCCUUCUUCAUUGCGCUCUACUACAACAUCAUCAUCGCUUGGGCCUUCUUCUACCUCUUCUCCUCCUUCACCGCCGAGCUGCCAUGGCAGUCGUGCGACCACUGGUGGAACACCGCGGCCUGCCGAAGGUUCGACACGAAGAAUUGCACUGCGAACAGCGGCCUCAUGGCCCCCAACGGCACCUGCUACUUGGAGAGCGACGUGUCGAAGGAGGACUGGCAGCUCCUCAACGAGACCUCCGAGAGCAUGAAGCUUCCGGCCGACGAAUAUUUCCAUAACUUCAUGCUGGACAUCUCUGAGGGUUUCCACGACGACGAAGGCCACACGCUACAGUGGCGCCUCUGCCUGUGCCUGAUCCUCUCGUGGGUCGUCGUCUUCUGCGGCCUCUUCAAGGGCGUCACCAGCAUGGGAAAGGCCGUGUACUUCACUGCGCUAUUUCCCUACGCUGUGCUCAUCAUCCUGUUCGCAAGGGCGGUCACUCUACCAGGCUACCUCGACGGCAUCGCCUUCUACAUCACUCCGGAGUGGGGCAAACUCCUCACCGCAAGGGUGUGGGCGGAUGCUGCUAUGCAGAUCUUCUUCUCCCUCGGGCCUUGCUGGGGCGGCCUCAUCACCUUAGCGUCCUAUAAUAAGUUCAACAAUAAUUGUUUGAGGGAUGCCAUCUUCAUAGGCGUUGCAAACUGCGCCACAAGUUUCUUCUCGGGUUUUGUCAUAUUCGGCAUCGUAGGAUUUAUGGCCUUCGAGCUAGGUGUUCCUGUGAAGGAGGUGGCUGCACAGGGCGCGGGUCUGGCGUUCGUGGCUUAUCCGGAAGCUGUGGCUCGACUACCCAUCUCGCCGCUGUGGUCCAUCCUCUUCUUCGUGAUGCUCCUGACGCUGGGUCUCGGCUCGCAGUUCACCAUCGUACAGACGGUCAUCACGUGUCUUGUGGACGUGUUCGGUCUGCGGAGGCACUACAAAACCAUGUGCUGCGUCGUCUGCACUGUCGGGUGUAUUUUAGGCCUCGCCAUGUGCACUCGCCACGGCAUGUUCAUCCUCCAGCUUCUCGACAACUACUCCGGGACUUAUUCUGCACUCAUGAUCGGCUGUUUAGAGCUUAUCGCCAUCAUGUGGGUGUACGGGGUCGAUAACUUCAUGGACGACGUCAAGAGUAUGCUGGGCGGAUAUCCAACAGGGUAUUAUUACUGGAGGUUCGUGUGGACGUACCUCACGCCUGCGAGUGUCUUCAAUAUCCUUCUCUUCACCUUCAUCGACUACUCGCCGUCGUCGUACAGCAACUACCAGUUCCCUCUGUGGGCGGACAUCCUGGGCUGGUGCAUCUCCUUCUCCUGCAUCGCCGCCGUCCCCGUCCGCGCCAUCUGGCUCAUACUCGGCAAGAGCGGCCCCAUUAAGGCUUUCUUGAACCGAUACCUUCUCCCGCAGCGCAUCCAGCAGCUGUGUCGGCCGGCGCACGACUGGGGGCCGGCGGGCCGGAAGCACACGGACGACACCACCCUCAACGCCAUCGACUCAAAGACUCCUCUCGCCAACGACGAGGAGCUGUACGAGAUGGAGCGCGAGUCCCCUUACUUAACCCGUGUGUCUGAGGAGUGGGAGGACGAAGAGGACGACGGCCUGCACAUGAAGGUCCCCUCGCGCACCAAGGUCUAAGCGGGGCGGGAAGGGAAAGCCGCUGGGAGAGUUCCUCGUAUGUCUUUCUCACUGCCUCUCAAGCCGAGGGAGCGACGGCCGGUCACGUCAGACAGCUUGAGUGCUUAAGAGCAGGACCAAGUGAGCGGAAGAAAGAGAGAGAGAGAGAGAGAGAAGUCCGAUUGUCUCCAACGGGGCGAGUGAAUGAACGUCGCUGGAAGCUCCUCCUUCCUUUGAUGAAAGACCUCCAUCGCCGGGAGGCCUAGAUUUCAUUAGAGGUCUGAGGAACAAAGUGUUAUCAUGAACAUUUACAAGAAACUAGUAUGUAUGUUGUGGAAUGUUCAUUGCCAGCUCAAGGCAUUGCAAAAGAAAUGAAUAGACGAGUAACUUGGAAGAACCUGUUGCAAAGGAGCCGACCUGGAAUUGCCGAAUUUCACCCAAGUGUUUGGAUAAGAUCUAAAGAUAUUUGCGAUCUGUAUGAGUGGACAGGCCAACAUUUGCAAAUUGGGUUGCAAUAGAAAACAUGCUUCGGUAGUUUUCUUCAAAAAGGACAAAUAUCUAACAGCUCAAGGUGUUUAAGCACGUUUGUGACAAAACAAGUGUUGUAGUAUUAAAAUUGUUAUAGAAGCCUAAAGAUGUCAGAUGUUUGUUAUAGUGUUCAGGUAGUGAGGAAAGUCCAGUUAAGUGUUACACGAAGGCCAGCGCUCAGAUGAACAUAAGUGUCAUGACUGAUCGUAUUUGAACUUGCACAAAGGCAUUGGGAAGCGUGUACAUACAUACAUAUAUUCAUGCAUGCAUGCAUGCGCGCACCCCCCCCCCCAC